CUGGGCACCCAGUCUGCCGUCUGCCCCAGUGCCGCCCAGUCUGCCCCAGUCGCAGCGAUGAAUCCCUCGGGGGACGACACCCCGGUGACGGUGGCGACGCGCAGCAGUCAUUGCAGCGUCGAUUCGGCUGGGCGACGAGGUGCCGCUCCGAACAUGAGGGUCGCGGCAAAGUUCAUUAGCAGCUCCCAAGAUGUUCACCAGGAGCCCAUGAUCCGGAUUUGGACGCGUGCCAGCCUUGACAACCUCAUGGUCCUUGUGGUGAUCAUCGAUGCCUGCUGCGCUGUCUACGACAUCGACGCCAGAGCCGAUGACAGAUCUACACCCUUAGCCACCCUCAUCCUGUCAGAUGUUUGCCUAGCUCUCUAUGCCAUUGAGUUGAUGACGCGCAUCCUCUCGGAUGGGUGUCAAGUGUUUCGAUCCAUGGGGAUUCAGCUGGACUGUGUGGUGAUCGUUUGCGGCAUCCUGGAGAAGCUCCUUCAAGCCUUGGGCAGUGGAGAGGACAUCUCCAAGAUUGGCUUGAGCCGUGCGCUGCGAUUGAUUCGUAUCGUCCGGCUCACGCGCAUCGUGUCGCGCACGCGGCGCUUCCGGGAGCUGCAUAAGCUCAUUCGAAUGAUGGCCACCUGCUUGAAGGCUUUGUUGUGGUCAUUCGUGUUUUGCUUUGUUUGCAUGACAGUUUGGGCGAUGCUGAUUGUCGAGGUCAUCAACCCCCUUGUCCAGGAGUUGCAUUCCGCUGGCGAGCUGCAAGACUGCAGUGCGGAGUAUUGCAUCACGGCAACCUCGUCGGUGAUGGAUGCGAACCUACUCUUGUUCAAGACGGUUAUUGCCGGUGAUAGUUGGGGAGAGCUUGCCGUUCCGGUGAUCAAGGAGUACCCCUCCACUGCGAUUAUUUUCAUGGGCAGCUUGUUGACCUUAGUCUUCGGGGUCCUAAAUCUCAUCGUGGCAGUGGUUGUAGAUACCUUUGCUGAAGCUCGCCAGAGAGAUGUGAUGAAUUUGGCAGAAGAAUUGGAGAUGGAUUUCAUGAGCGACCGGAGGCGCCUGCAGAAGAUUUUCGAUCGAAUGGACCAGGACGGGAGUGGCAUCGUGACCUUCGAAGAGCUGGUCGAGGGAGCGCGUGCUGAUCAGGAGUUCCAAAGCAGAUUGCGGGUCAUGGACAUCGAUGAGUCGGACUUGCAGCAGCUCUUCGACAUGAUCGACAUCACAGGCGAGGGUGAGAUCAAGAGCGAAGAGUUCAUCGCUGCCUUGUCGCGCUGGGUGCACGACUCCAAAACGGCACCCCGCUUCGUCAAGUACAACAUGCAGCGGGCUUUGCAAAUGCAGGACGAUCUCUUCAAGUUGAAUAUGGAGAGCUUCCAAGCUUUGGCCCAGCGUAUCGACCUCCUGGCCCGGGGCCUCGACCACCUCCUGGCCCAGGACGGGCUCUUCGACGAGGAUGAGCCGCUUCACCCCCUCCACCUGGAGGAGUCGGGUGGGUCGGUGGAGAAGCACGCGGAGGCGGUGCCGGUGCAACAAGAUGGCAUCGUCGAGGAGCCCAAUGCCUCCAAGAGCUCGUUGUCAAGUCUUCUUGCAGCUCAUAAGGUCACCAGCUCGAAACAGCUUCAACCCGACAUGUCCGUGGAACUCAAGGAGCCGCCUCCAAGCCCGAUCGCUUCCAAUGGCGGGUCGAAAGAGGGGCCGAGGGCGACCAGCAGCCCAUUGAUGCCGCCUUUGGGGGAAGCUUUAGAGGGCUUGGAGGCCGUUGUGGCAAAGGCCACUGAACAGGCGCUCAAGCGCUGCAUGGCCAUGAUGGAGGCGCCCAAGCGGUUUGGAGGCUUUGGAGCUGGGCUGACGAGCAUGAACUUGGAGUUGCGGCCUUUCUCGCGGGAGGUCUCCAACGGCUCUGAUUUGAAGCCGUGGGAGAGUUGUCGGCCUUGGGAGAGCCGCUCCAUUUUGGAGAAGUCCCGCGCACGCAAGCGCCACGCGCCGCCGCCUCGGCUUCCAGUGGGGCGCUUUUUGCCACCCAGCGGGCAGACGGGCAGCCGGGCACAGUCGAAGGAUGUUCGGGAGGAACGACAAGGAUCCAAGGAAACAGGCCAGCAGUCUUUGCCAACCUCAAGCAAUGGCUUGCCUUUUUGGAUGUCACCCUUACAAAGCCUCCGGAGCCGACGAGGCUCUCAGGAAGGUCGCUCCUCUCCUGGGAGAGCCUCUCAUCGUAGCUCGCGGAACUCGGUCUGACCUCAGAGGCGUCCUCAGCUACGAAGCCCCGCCAGGGCCCCCGGCUAGGGGUGUCCAAUAGCCCCUUAGAGGUGAUUCGGGGUGCCCAUGAACCAGGGAGCCCUGGCAGGCUUUGCUUUUGGUGACUCGCGAUUUGAUCGCAUCAUAUCGCAGAGCAUCGUGGGGUCCCACCCAACAAGGGUCCCCCCGCUUCAAAAUGGACUCUGACUUGCUUCCUGCAUUUUGCAGGUGAAAUUCACUUUUGGUCCUCCAAAAGUGCACAAGCAUGAGCCUUCGCCCUCCCUGUGGGGGUGAACUUUUGCAUGGCCAGGGCGCCCGCAAAGACCCGCCCAAAAAGAUGGCCCGCGACUUUUCGAGGCCCUGUGCGUCUCCAGAUGGUUCCGAAUGAGGGGGUUUUCAGGCACAGGGAUGACGGCCCUGAGCACCCCUCCAGCACUCACGGGCUGGGCCAUCGGCUGGGCUGGGAACGGUGGCAACGGCGGAUGACUUGGCAAGGUCAGUACACGGCGGAUGGUUUUUUUUCCUCCUGAGCUCCGAGGAGGAACAAGAAAUAAC